AUGACAUGCUCAGCUCGCAGGUGCGGGAAGCGAUCCCAGCUGCAGCGGCUCCAUGAGAUCCAGGCCCAAACGGCCCGUGGGCGCAGCUUGAGCCCAGCCGAAGCGGAGCCCGCGGAGCCCGCGGAGCCGGCCCAAGCCGUGAGAUCCGCUCCUCAGUGGGAGGCCGAGUUGAUCUCGCCGGACCUGGCGGUGCCUGGCACUGGGUUCUCCUUUCCGGACCCCAGCCCCAGCUUCCCGCGCUUCCCAAGGCCAGCGCCGUCCCAAGCCAUGGCCCCCAUAGGGGCUUCCAUGGAAGCACCCCCCAGGUCCGAGUUCUUGAGGCAUCUGCGCGAGCUGGAGGCAGACCUUGAGCUGGCCCAAAGCCUGAGGAUGAGGCUUCCCUUCUCCUUGGCGCAGCGCAUCCGACGGCUUCCCAUCCGCACCGGGCUCCUCAAAGAGGUGGCCUCCUUGGACCCGGAAGAAGCGACUUCGUCGGCUUCCGUCACUCUGGAUCUGCCCCUAGGGCCCAGAAGCGUCUCUGACCUCAAAGACAGGAGUUCAGCUCAAGAGCCUGGAGUCAGCUCACUAGGCCCAGGGCUGGACCUGCAGAUGGCAUUGGAGAAGGAGGUGCGCGCUCCUCUGAGAGAGCUGCAGCUCGUGCUUGAGCAGGUCAAAGCCAGGCAAGACAACCUCCAGAGGUUUCUGGAGCGUGCAGACGUGCAGUCUGUAGAGAGCCGGUACCCGAGCCCCAAAGUGAGUGGGCGUCGGAUGCCAUCCCCACAGCCUUCAAGAAGCUUUCAACUUUUGGACGAAGCUUUGGCAGAAUGGCCAAACGGAGCAGAAACCUUUGCACCGUUUCGAGAGCAGAGAUGUCCAAGAAGCGGGGACAAAGUUGCCUCGCAUGGGGAGAGCCCAGAGUCGCUGAUGCAGGCGUAUCUGGCAUUCCUCAAGGGUGAGGUCGACGGCGCCGGCCUCGGUUGCCUCGCGGCCGACAUGGUCACACCGAAUCGCCCCGAGGAGGCGGCCGGUCAUUCAGGACUAAUUAUCUUGGCGUCACCUCGCAAGCUUCGAAGCAUUCUCAAGGCCGCAGUCUCCAUCAUCCGGGAGCAUGGAUGGGAGGCUUUGCAUGGUCGGGACAGCUCAGGACCCUGCUGGACGGCCCUACAUUGGGCUGCGGCAGAGGGGAGGAAUGAUGUCUGCUUGCUGCUGCUUGGUUGCCGUGCGGAUCCCAACCACGAGGACGAGAUAGGCCGAAUCCCAGCCUAUUACGCCAAUCUGCACGGCUAUGCUGACACGGCCGUGCGGGCCACAGAACCGGGGUUCAACGUGAUGUCCAAGACCAAGAGAAUUGGGGAAGCUUAA